AGAUACAGCAACUUCAAGAGGAGAUGGCCAGAUUCCGGCAGGCGCUGAUUGAGGAGCGCACAGCCCGACAAACCAUAGAGAAAGACAUCUGGAAGGCCAUCGGUAGGCUGGAGCAGAAGGUCUGCCCACCCAAGGAGAAAUGCGACCGUCUGCUAAAGGCUACUUGCAGCCUUCAACAAGGAGAAGCAAACAGCCUGCAGCAAGAAGAGACAAGCAGCCUUCAGGAAGAGAAGACAAGCAGCGUUCAGCAAGAGAAGACAUGCAAGCUUCAGCAAGAUGAGACAUGCAUCCGACAGGAGGGUGACGGUGAGGACGUCACCACUCCGACGGACGACGCUCCCACCAAAUGUGACGUCAUCAAUUCUGAUGACGUAACGACCCAGGCGGCGCCGGCUGGAGGCGACCUGAAUAAAACCGAUCCCAGUGAGACAAACAUCGAUAUCCUGGACACGGAUGCGCUGAAGAAGGUGCUGUGCAAGCUGAACUGCAGGGAGAUGCUCCGCGCCAGACGUGUCUGUCGGAGCUGGCGGUCCGCCGUCGACGAUAUCGUCGACGACUGUCGGCGGAAGCUCGCCGAUCGGUCUGCUCGGGGGUUUAACACUUUAACACUGACGAAUCUGGAGCUCGUGAUACGGGCAAAAGACCAGCCGAAAAUGACAUCACUGAAGGCGCCGACCGCUGAAAAGGGCACCGACAUCCGACUGGUCGUGGGCAGUUGCCACGCCCUGCAGACAGCCGACCUGCGUGGCUUCAAGCUGAGAGUCUCUGCCCUGCGUCGGCUGGCGCGUGCCAACGCCUCCAGUCUGCGUGAGCUGACACUUCCAGCCGGCAUCGGUGACUGCCAGCUGGAGGCGUUGCUGGAGCCGCUGGAAGUUCUGGAGAGACUAAAUCUUAGCCUACCCGUGAACAGCACCGGAAAGUGGCUGUGGCUGCUACCCAAGUCGCUGAAGAAACUGGACAUCACUGGGUCGGGAAUGACUCGGUCACCAGUGAGCUCAGUUCAUAGUAGUAAACUGCGUGUCGGCAUACAGCUAGCAACCGACAAACUCCUGGACCAGCUGAGUGUUCUGUCGAACCGACAACCCGAUUACCGAGUUACCACGCUGACCAUACUCGAGUCACCGUCCGUGACGCCGGGAGCACUGGCACGUCUUCUGGCUUCCCUCACCAGCUUGUGGUGGGUCAAACUUGGCGUGGUCGGUGCCACUUUGGAAACCAAGCUGGCCGCCCUCCGCGGCUGCUCUGAGCUGUGUGGAGCGAAUCUCGCAGACCCGCGGCCCCUCACGGACAUCCCUGCCCUGACCCAGUCAGAGGUGGCAGCGGUCAGCAGGAUGGCAGUGACCUGCAGGAAACUGGAGCACCUGUACCUAACCUCCUCAGCAGCCAACUGCCAGGCCGUUCUGACCGCCCUGCUGAAGGCAGACCUGGGCCGUACCAUCUAUCUCAGUGUCCCCAGGGCUGUAAAGGGAGAGCUUAGCAAACCGCCCAACGGCAGUAGCGUCUACGUGAGUUACUUCGACUAAACCCUCAUCUGGGCGGCGCCUCGCCGGCUGCCGUGCCGUUGGUGGUGUCACAUUCCGGCAACAGAUGGCAGCACCGUCUCCCGUCGGCAGCGCAGUACCUACUUUGAGUCGUCCCGCCUAGCCUGAAACACGGUCAUUUUACCGCUGCAUUCGAGACCAGGAAACACCACGGAAAGGGCAGCCAUGGAUAGCGGUUAUGUGACACGUUCCAGCACAGAGAUUUGUGGUUUUGUACGUUCUAGCGCGGUGUUUUGUGUCGCUAUUGUGGGUCCUCGGUCCGGGCUACCUGGAGCACACAUAUAGCUUAUGUUGAUAAUUCUGCGUUAUAUGGCCAGCCUGGUCACUAAUCGAGACAAUUCCACGGCCUGGAUUUCCGUCCAACCGUCGAAGAACCUUUGUGAUCGUGACGUCACGUGUGUACUCCCGUUGUUCAGCUGAGUCGUGAUUCACAGUGACUCUGUUGGCGAGUCACGACCGAGUGUGAAAUACACGGCUGUUAAUCACGGU